CUCAUCUGGCACUGAUUAUCCGCGCUGCUGCUGCCGCCGCUCCUGCCGCCGCACUCAGCCGCUGCCUGUCUUGAAGACCCCAGCACUUUUCUCCACCCCCGCCCCCGGCCAUGCUGCCUGCUGCCACAGCCUCCCUCUUGGGGCCCCUCCUCACUGCCUGGGCUCUGCUGCUGCCUUUCACCCAUGGCCAGACCCCCAACUACACCAGACCCGUGUUCCUGUGCGGAGGGGAUGUGACUGGGGAGUCGGGUUACGUGGCAAGUGAGGGCUUCCCCAACCUCUACCCUCCCAAUAAGGAGUGCAUCUGGACAAUAACGGUCCCUAAGAGCCAGACUGUGUCCCUCUCCUUCCGAGUCUUUGACCUGGAGCAGCACCCCAGCUGCCGGUACGAUGCUCUGGAGAUCUUUGCCGGGUCUGGAACCUCGGGCCAGCAGCUCGGACGCUUCUGCGGAACCUUCCGACCCGCGCCCUUAGUCGCCUCCGGCAACCAGGUGACCCUGAGGAUGAGAUCCGACGAGGGCACGGGAGGACGAGGCUUCCUGCUCUGGUACAGCGGGCGGGCCACCUCCGGCACUGAGCACCAAUUUUGCGGGGGGCGGCUGGAGAAGGCCCAGGGAACCCUGACCACGCCCAACUGGCCCGAGUCCGAUUACCCCCCUGGCAUCAGCUGUUCCUGGCACAUCAUCGCGCCCCCGGACCAGGUGAUCUCACUGACCUUCGGCAAGUUUGACCUGGAGCCCGACUCCUACUGCCGCUACGACUCGGUCAGCGUGUUCAACGGACCCGUGAGCGACGACGCCAGGCGGCUGGGGAAGUUCUGUGGCGACACAGUCCCGGGUUCCAUCACCUCCGAAGGGAACGAGCUCCUCGUCCAGUUCGUCUCGGACCUCAGCGUCACGGCCGACGGCUUCUCGGCCUCCUACAGGACCCAGCCUCGGGGCGCCACCGAAGAAGGCCCAGGGGAGGUCGGCCCGGGCCCCAAGCCCGGAGCCGGGCCCAAAGUCAAGCCUGAAGUCCCACCUGAAGAGAAACCCAAAGCUGCGCCUAAGGCAGAAGCAACUCCGGUGGGCCCGGAUGCACCCAGUGUCACCUGCCCAAAGCAGUGCCGGAGGACAGGCACCUUGCAGAGCCACUUCUGUAACAGCGACCUGGUGGUGACAGGAAUGAUUAAGUCCAUGGUGCGGGGCCCAGGGGAGGGUCUCACAGCAACUGUCAAUGUCACUGGUGUUUACAAAACCGGAGGCCUGGACCUGCCCUCUCCACCCACUGACACCCUCCUGAAGUUUUAUGUGCCCUGCAAGCAGUGCCCCCCCAUGAAGAAAGGAAUCAGUUACCUGCUGAUGGGCCAGAUGGACAACAACAGAGGUCCCAUCCUUCCUCCAGAGAGCUUCGUGGUUCUCCACCGACCCACCCAGCACCAGAUCCUCACCAACCUCAGCAGGAAGUGCCCCUCCAAGCCUGUUUAGGCUGCAGGCAUCUCCGGCCUGAGCCCAGGCCAACCUCCACACCCUGGCCCUAGGGGACCCCUUUCUUAUUCAAAUAAAUGUUUCUAGAUUGAGGAAAGGGUCACAUUUCUCUUUCUAUGGUUUUGGUGCUCUUGGGGGAUUUGUUUUCAUUCCUUCAUUCAACUCAAGGGUUACUACACGAAGAACAGAAGUUGAAUCUUGUCACCCCUUUGCUCAAAAUUCUCCCAUAUUCUCCACACACACACAAAAUGGCAACUAUUAAUAUGCAGAGAUGACGGAUAUGUAAAUUAGCUUGACUGUGGCAAUCUUUUCACAAUGUAUAC